UUUUUGACUCCUACCACCAUCAUUUCUCCUUCUCCUAGCAUCAUCAAUAGUAGAAGCAGGAGCAGGAACAGGAUGAACAGUCUACCCACCUCUAGCCGGAAAUCUAGCCCAUGCAGGAGCAUCAGUAGACCUAACAAUUUUCUCCCUUCAUUUAGCUGGAGUGUCAUCUAUUUUAGGAGGGGACCCAAUUCUCUACCAGCAUCUGUUCUGAUUCUUUGGGCACCCAGAAGUUUAUAUUCUUAUCCUCCCAGGAUUUGGAAUUAUUUCACAUGUAGUUACUUACUACUCCGGAAAAAAAGAACCUUUCGGCUAUAUAGGAAUAGUAUGAGCAAUAAUGUCUAUUGGCUUUCUAGGCUUUAUUGUAUGAGCCCACCACAUAUUCACAGUAGGAUUAGAUGUAGACACACGAGCUUACUUUACAUCAGCCACUAUAAUUAUCGCAAUUCCUACCGGUGUCAAAUUGGUGGUCUAACCGGAAUUGUUUUAUCCAACUCAUCCCUUGACAUCGUGCUUCACGAUACAUACUAUGUAGUAGCCCAUUUCCACUAUGUUCUAUCAAUGGGAGCAGUGUUUGCUAUCAUAGCAGGAUUUGUUCACUGA